AAACAUUAAAAACAAAUUUUGUUCGAUUAAUAAUCGAUUUCUGUAGGAAAUAUUGCAUUAAUCGAUUAAUCGAACGAUUACCGGGGAUCACUAUAUGUUAGCAGCAAAGCUCUAAAAAGUUGCAUCUCUCGCAUUUACGCUCAUUCAUAAUACGAUAUGUUUACAUAUUUGUACGCAUGUUUAUUUACAAUCAUUUUUUUAACACAAUGCACAAUGCCUCUAUCGUCGCGGAUUUACGAUACAAAAUUGAAAAAUCAUUCCAGUUAUUAACCAACUACAAUUGGUUGAUAAACUCGUACGUUUUAGACUUUUACGUGGACAAUCACUGGAAACGUCUUCCACCAUGCUGGCAAUCGUUCUUCGACCAGUUGGAAAUACAGAAUCUCAAGGAUUUACUAACGACCGACUCGCAACCAUCCGAGGCAAACAUUUGGCCUCUUUCGAUUCUGGCGAUUCGAGCAUUUUUAAGAAGUUUUUGUCUGCCCAGGCAACUUUCAUUGAAUACACGUAAGUCAACGUCGGAACCUCCGACAUCAUUGAAGCAAGCUCUUCAGAAACUGUUCGAUAAAUCUGUGAAGCUCAAGAAACGGCACGAGAUUGAAAAAUUCAGCGAAGAGUGCUGGCGAACCGGAAGGAAUACCGAUGUUGAGUAUCUCGUUGAUAUUGGCUCUGGUCAGGGAAAUUUGGCACGCGCUUUGGCCUUUCAAUAUGGAUUCAAGGUGUGCUGUAUAGAACAGGACGAAAAGCUGGUGGAGACAGCGAGGUCCAAGGAUGAGGUACUGUCUUCCCAGCUGAAGAAACAAUUCAAAAUCGAAGACGUCUCACGACCGAUUCAUCUGAGCAAGAAAGUUAAUUUGGGAGAAAUUGACACUGUCCAGUUCGUUGAUAUGAUCAGAGAUGCUUUCGAUGUGGAAAAAGAUGCCCCUUUUCGUUUCGGACUGAUCGGGCUGCAUCCUUGCGGUGAUCUGGCAACCUACCUCAUAAAAUUGUUCCUCUCGUGUCCGGAAGCAAAAUUCAUCAAAGUUGUUUGCUGCUGUUACAUGAAACUCACCACAAAAGACAAACAUUGCCGAGAUUAUGGGUUUCCGCUGAGCGCAUUCAGCAACAGCAUUGGGCUCGAACUGAGCUACGAAGCACGAGAGAUAGCAUGCCAUGCGAUCGAGCAGUAUCGCCUGAAACUGGACACGGAUUACGAAGCGCUGAAAGUGCACGCUUUCCGGGCGGCACUUGAGAACAUCAUCGUUCGCACGCAUCCCGAACUGAAACAUUCCGGGUUGAAAAGUACGAAAGUUCACAACAUGAGCUUCCAACAAUACUGUGCCAGAGCAAUCAUGGGACUGGGAAUCGAACUACCUCAGGGGGAGAUGGAAGCGGAGGAAACCUACAGGAAUUUGUCACUCUGGGAACGAGUGGUGAAGUUUUACACACUCAGACUGAUGUUUGCUCCGUUAAUUGAAUCGAUUAUUCUCUACGAUCGAAGACUUUUUCUGCUGGAACAAGGAGUUUCUAGCGAAAUCGACGUUAUCUUCGAAGCCACAAGUUCCCCACGAAACCACGCCUUAACAGGUUGUAAAUCAAUCAACUGAACAGCAGGAGAGCGAAAUAAAACAAAAUGUUUUUAGCUAUUCAGAAACUAAACAUAUUCGUCGUUGAACAGAUGACAAUUUUUCUAAUGUUCCACUCAUCAACUUCUUGAAUGACAAUUACGUUCCUGAGUAACUUUGCCGUCCCAGCGUAGACUGCUACUUGCGUCAUUUAUAUUAGUACCGUAAUGCUCUCCUAUUCCAAUCAGUGCCUAAUUCCGUUCACUUGACAUAAAAUACUGUAUUUAACACUAGCUAGCUGAUUUCUUCUGAUAAAUUAUGUUUGUGUAUACUUGCAAAACUAUAACUAUUCGAACAAUUAGCAAAUAAGUACAAUUGAGUCGUUUGCUUGAGAAACCCUAUAAACGCCACUUUUAUCAAAAUAGACUUUUUGGAGUUUUUGAUUUCUACAUAUACUUUUAUCAGAAAAUUUCAGAAAAAGAUAGUUCUACGAACCCCUUUAAAUCGGGGUUGCAAGUAUUUGUUUGUUUGACAAACUCCAUAGGUCCAUGUUUCUAGUUAUCACCAUGGGGGUCUUCGUAGCUGUCCUCCGCUGUCCGGUGGUCUAACUGAAUGGAAGAACAGAAGGGGAAUACUCUUACGCCUAAAUGGCUACGAUGUAAUGUACCCUAUGCAAUGGUAUAGAAGGGAAACUCUUAAGCCUAAAACGGCUACUGUGUAAUGUGCUAUUUAUAGAUACGACAAACCAUGUGACAUGUACACGAUUUAAAUCCGGCUCUGUUACAGCUAAAAUGCUAAUGAGCCUAAAUAAAUAAACAAAUGAGAUGAAAAAAAUAUCACCACGGACAACGCUGCGAUAGAUAUACGAUUUCCUUCAUCGUUUACGUCCGAGCCGUAAGAAUAAUGCGCUACUCAAUUUAACAGGAAUUAAGACCCGGAAACGGAAAGUAGGAGCCGAUUGCACUCGCACAUAGGUUUGCUUGAUUGAAAAUACAAGCGGGCAAGACUGAUACUUGCAAAACUUGAUCGAUAUCGAACGUUAUCGGAAGAGAAAUAUCUCGGAUGGAUUAGGUAAACCAUACAGGAAAUACUUUUGGGUAAAACGUUCCGACAUUACUCCAACGAUUUGAGAGGGGAAUCAUCUCCCGGAAACCCCAAGCUAAGAACUGUAAUUUACCUUGUUAGAAAACACAUUUCGUCGUUCCUGUUAAAGUAUUCCACUACACCACCGUAGAGAAAACUACGAGAAAACAACUACACUGAAUUCUUUUUUUCAAUUCAAUCAGUUUCCUCACUCGAAAGACUCCAACGACAUGGCGGUAGAUUAAAGUAACAUACGUGACGCCAACAGCAGUACUUAUUGGCUUCUGAAAUCGAAACCAGGUCAAUGGAGUCUCCCAGCAAAUCCUGAAUAACCAGAUGGAAAAAAUCCGAUCAAAAUAAAGAAAAUCGAGGACAUCAGGAAGUUGAAAGAAACCCUGGAUGAACAUAGCCUAAUCCAAUGCAAGUAACAAGGUUCAUUAUAUGAAUUGUCCAAUAAAACAAUUUGAAGUUUGCCUGCCAAUAAAAUUUAAUUCAUUUAAUGAAUAUACAUUAUUCACAUGCUCCAUAACACUUUUUUAGCAGCUGCCAAAAAAACUAUUUCAAGUAGUACUUGACUGUUAAAUCUGGCAAUAGGGUAAUAGCUGACGAAAUCUGACAAAAGCGCAGAUAGUAAGCGCGUCGGUUCCGAGCCGAAGGUUGGGAGGUUCGAAACCCGCCACUGUCUGACAUAUUUUUCGAGUUGAAAAUUCGUUCGACAGCCCUUGAGCAAAAGCAUAUCUUUGUGCUUGCCGCACAAUGCCUGAUUGGAUACUGGAAAGGCAUAGUUAGCAAUAAAGAACUGUGAAAGAGGCCCUUCCCUAUUCCCCUCCCUCCUUCAAUGCAGAGCAUAACUUAUAACCCAUUGUAACUCGGUAUGACUAUUAAAACUGAAUGAAGUUGAAGAAAAAAUAUUUUCUGGAGUUUUUUCAUUGAAAUAUAUAUUUUUCUUUGCAUAAAUACCAAUAACGCACAAUAACGCAAUACACAAUAGCAAUAUUACAGAAACGCACACAGUUUGUUAGUACACGAGUUACGAUUUUUCGAAUGAGUAUAGGAGUGUUAAAAAUGCGAUACCUGAUUGUAAAUGAGCCAACGCGUUUUCUAUAAUUCCGUUAAUCAGUGUUCCUAAUUCCAAUAAUCAUAUUGUAGUUAUAAAGUUAUAAACAGUAGAUUAGACAAUGUUUAAUUAUGUUGUAAGCAAGUUAGAUGAGUUGAAAUCAAUAAUCGGAUGAAUUACAGUAAUAAUAGGUCGCUUAUUUAUUGACAGCACAGCUUGUGAAGAAGAUGCUUCAUCCGGUUUGGCAAUAAGAUCUGAGCAAUGAACAGCAUCAGAAUCUAAUGGAUACAAUACACAUCGCCGGAAACCAUUGAUCAAUGCCGAUUGUAGGUUAGCCACAGCUUGUCCUAAAAUAGGUGUAAUUUAUUUCCUCGGAAGUUUUUGCAUUUUCUACGGUUUCGGAUACACAUGAUGCAUCCUUCAAUUGAUAUUUUAUACGAUUGUAAUUUGAUACGAAUUUAUAUGCGACCUAGCAUGUGCAAAAGCUAUACGAUUUAAUGUUUGCUGGGUGAUAACUAUGAUGCCCAGCAAUCAUUAAAUCGUAUAACUUUGCACAUGAUAAGUCA